AUGUUGUCUGUAUCAUCUCGAACAGGCAAAAAGACAACAGAUGAUAUACAACGACGUCUUCAAUCAGUGCUCGGUUAUACUCCGUAUGCAAUUUAUUUUGGUUUUGUUCCGUUUGUUAUUUAUUUGGGCUUUAAACUUGGACCGGAUCCAGGUACACCGGAAUUUUCAUUAAUGAAUCUAUUACCUAUUGAAGAAAUAUAG